CUCAUUUAAAAAAAUAAGAUGAAUUGUGCUCUCCCUCUUCGAGCCAUUUUUUCCUAGAACGUACAAAGGCUCCUUUCACUUUAUGAAUGUAAAUGUUGACUAAUUUGAGUUGUGAUUCUGCUAAUUUUACUUUAUUCUCCUCCAACAUAUAAUUAGGUGCCAAGUUAUUUAGUGUGACGAUAUCUGCAAUUAAUUGGGUUUCUUCUUUUCUUCUAGACUUGACUAAUUCAGCUCCUAAUUUCAUCAUCAAUUUCCGGAGUUCGAAUUUGAGGAGUUCCCAAUUUUUACUAAAAGCCUUUUGAUUUUAUCCGAGUGUGACCCGCCUGCCACCCAAUGACUGCUGGGAUAGGCUCCAGCAUCCCGCGACCCCGAGAGCAGGAUGAGCGGUUUGGAUAAUAGACGGAUGGAUGGAUGGAUGGAUGCUAGAGAUGCCACUUUCUGAACCUUAUUCAAAAAGCAUUACAGUUUGAAAGCCAUUUCAAGACAACACCCUCCCUCUUCAAAAGGGAUUUAAUUUUGUGACUGUGACGACAUGAGAGGACCAGGAAAGAGUUUUACAGCCGGAGCAAAUGGAUUUUUCUUCUUCCUUCUGUCUGUUCAAGUGGUGCAGGGUCAGAAUGGCUGGGGAGUGACCUACAACUCUACUAAGGUCUGCGCUUUGAAAGGAUCAACAGUGGACAUUGGCUGCAGCUACUUCUAUCCAGCCACAGUAAACAGAGUUGAAACAACAGUUUGGCUGACCAGACACAGGCAUUCUUACUCUGUGGAUCUGAAGGAGGAGUUGCAGUAUGCAGAUCGUGUGCAGUACCUCUGUGAAGGGAGGAGAGAUUGUACCCUGAGAAUCACAGACCUGAGAGAGAGUGAUUCAGCCGAGUACAUGUUUAGAUUCACAACAAACCUACCAGAAGGGAAAUAUACUGGCUCUCCUGGAGUAACUUUGACUGUGGCAGAUCUGACGGUGCAGGUCACCAGAGAACAAAGGUGGUAUUCAUAUUCAAAUAGGGCAGAGCUCAAAUGUCACCACCUCUGCCAGCUGUCACCUCGUCCUACUUAUAUCUGGUACAAGAAUGGAAAGUACAUGAAAGAAGCAACAUCUCUGACUUAUGUAACUAAUGUGGAUUAUAAAGACAGCUUUGCCUGUGCUUUGAAAACACACAAGGUUCUCCUCUCCUCGCCCCCAGUGUGUGUCUGGGAACAGACGUGUGGAAGUGUGAUUUACACCAACACAGAGCUCUGUGUCUUAAAAGGCUCAUCUGUGGACAUUUCCUGCACAUACAAGACAUACUACAGGUACUUGCCUGUCCAAUCAACUUUCUGGUUUCGACCUGAACAUGGUAAUGUUCAUUCAUCCCAGCCUGAGGACCUUAGUGGGGACUCACAGUACACAGGACGUGUUCAGUACCCUGCGGUAGGAGAUGGACGCUCCGUUCUGAGAAUCAGAGACUUGAGAGAGAGCGAUUCAGCCGAGUAUCGCUUCAUAUUCAAAACAAGAUACUUUGAAUGGGGGAUGGAUUUACCGGGUACAACUCUGACCGUCACAGGGCUAAAGUUAAAGGUAACUCCUCUUCCUACGGUGACAGAGACACAGAGAGUGACACUGACCUGUUCAACCUGCUGUCCUCUAACUGCGAAACCGUCCUUCAUCUGGUCCCACAAUGGACAAGUUCUGACCCAGGCGGAGACAAAACAAAACCAGCUGGUAUUUGAGUCAGUCGGCAGCCAACAUGCAGGAACAUACUCCUGUGCUGUCAAAGACCACCCAGACCUCAGCUCCCCUGAAGAGACUCUCACUGUCACAUAUGGCCCGAGGACCUCCUCAGUGGUGAUGAGUCCCGCUGAUGACAUUAAGGAGGGAGACUUGGUGACUCUGACCUGCAGCAGCGAUGCCAACCCACCAGCUCAGUACACCUGGUACAAAGAGAACCAAACACUGCCGUGCAGAAGGGGGGAUACUUAUCAAUUACCCUCCAUCCGCUAUGAGGACAGUGGGAUUUACCGCUGUCAAUCUGAGAAUAAAUAUGGACACCUUAACUCUGCUCCUCAAGUUAUAGAUGUCCAGUAUGCUCCAAAGGUUCCCUCAGUGUCAGUGAGUCCUUCUGGUGAAUUUAAGGAGGGUAGUUCAGUGACUCUGACAUGCAAAAGUGAUGCCAACCCUCCGGUAGAUGACUACAUUUGGUUCAAGGAGAAUGAGGACUCACCAACCACAUCAGGACAGAACUACACCAUAAACAACAUCACAACUGACCACAGCGGAAAUUAUGUCUGUCAAGUCCGUAAUAGAAGAGGGAGAAAUAAUUCCACUAACCAGCCGAUUGUUGUGAAAGGAACAUUGAUGUCAACAGCGGCUGUAUGGAUUCCUACUUUUCUUGUGGCUAUCAUACUGCUGUCUGUCUUCAUCUGGAUUAGAAGAAAGAGGGCCUCCAAACAUCAAGCUGAACCCAACUUCAGAAAAACAUCAGACAAUGUCGGGCAGUUAAACUCUGGUCCUCUGUAUGAAAACAUCUCUGCUGGGGCUGAAAGCUUGGCUCCUGCAGCAGAGAGAGAACUUGUGGGGCAGCAAGACAACCCUUUGUACACCAGCGUCCAUUUCGCUCACUCCAAGAACAAGAAAGUGCCUCUUGACUCCACCAUUAAGCAACCUCAGCCUCAAAAUCAGGAAGAUGUUGUGUACUCUGUGGUCAAACCCAAUGCUGCCUUCCAGUGA